CUCAAAUAAUACUAUGAAAAUGUGAAAAAUCUUCUGCCUGUUCACACAUUUGUUCUAUAGAGAAUAAACAACAAGCAGUUUUACAUUAAAAACUAAGUUGCAAACAGAAAUAGUGUCAUAAUUGCAAACCGGGUGUUGGAUUUGACACAUAUGUCUUUGUUGAUUAAAUAUAUUGUGAGUUAGUGUGAUGCAAUGGAUGCUGGAGUGCAUAGAUUUUUUAAAGCCUUCAAAAUAAAAUAACUAAUCAAGUACAUAAAACGACCCUAAGCUCGUGAAUACAAUUUAAGAAUCCAGUUUGAGUAUGCUUUCUGCAUCAGAAACCACGUCACAAUCUAUUUACAAGCUUCUUUUCAAGGGUUGGGUUUUAUUUAGUAGUGCAGUCAAACACUGCAACAAAUGGAACCAAGUGAAACAUACCUGCCAUAAAGGAAGGAAGAGAUGGCAUGAUGUAUUUCACACGACACACUUGAGUCCUCCACAAAGGUCACAGCUCUCACAGAUCUGAAGGACUCAAAGCUUCCAGGAAGUACAUGCAGAAAAACUCGUCUGCUGUGGGGUGCAUCUGCUCAGAAGCGCAUGGGAUGCCACGGGCGACAGGCCGCUCCACUGCAUCAUGAUCAACACCUACCAGACCAGCAUGGCGCUGCCGCAGGUGCCUCCGCCGGUGCCCCCGCGGCUCGGCAGGCCCGAGCAGAUCCUCAUCCCGACUCAGCUUCCAUCGCCAGGCUACAGCAAGCCACUUCUGCGAUUUUUGGUUUGUGUGGUGACCCUGCACUUGUUUCUGUCUGUCGGAGGAUUUCUAUACCUGUACUACAAUGAAAGACAAAUUGCACAUGCAACCUACUCCUCACCACAAGGAAGAGUUGGUUUUCCCCCCGUAGAAAAACAAGAAACAACCUACACAGCCUUUGCACGCAUGUUGAUUGGAAAGCCAAAUGCUACAAUUGAGAAAAAAUCUGGUUAUCUUGAGUGGAGAAUGGACCUCUCAGUUCGCAAGAACAUCAACUACUUUCACAAAAGCUGGCUGACUGUCCUGGAGCCCGGUGACUACCUCGUCUACUCCAGGGUGACCUUCUCCAAGCACAGCAUCGCCCCGCUGACCGGCUGCAUCAAGCUGAGGAACAACGAGAUGGCAGAGCAGAAGGAGGUGACUAAGGCCCACUGCAGCCUGAGUGACAAGGACGGUUCGAACCCUCAGCUGUGCACAGUUACGCUGCAGGACGUGAUCACGCUGAGUAAGGGAAACCAGCUCGCCAUCUGGGUGGAAAACCUCUCGCUUGUGGACUACGGAAAGCAAUCGACGAGUUUUGGGAUGUAUAAGCUGUAGGAGCCGCAUGGACUGGGACUCCAAAACAGGGAUCUGUGACUGUGGAUGGAAUAUAGAUACUAAGGAGACUCUGUAGGAGUUAAUCAACAAACUUUUGUGGAAUUGAGGGACAUUUCCAAACUAUAAUUUAUUAAAUAACAUUGUCUAUUUCUUUGUUAUUGUCAGUGAUUGCUUUGUAUUUAUUUAUAUAAAUUGGACUAUAUGUAAAAUAACUUUUAUAUUUAAUCUGAGUGAUCUAUUCUGUUUUUUGGGGGGGGGCGAGGGAAUUACACAUUUCAAGAAUUAGCGCUUACAUUUUUAUUGUCCAGCAGCUCUUUAUGGGCAUUAUUUGACAAAAAAAACUUAAAAGUUUAGAAAAACAGCACUUUUUAAAUGUGAUAAAGAACAGAAACUGCUCUGAACCACUGUGGUUUUAAUUUUCUAGGGCACACAGCAGCAACUACUGAUGCACCUUCUCGCGGUGACAAAGAUAGACACUUGACUUGUAAAUUAUCUUUAGAAAUCUGAUGAGACCAACUUUUUCUCUCAUCAGUUUUCCUUUUUGUAAUUUAACCCUCUAAAUCAAAUCAAUGUAUCUUAUUUCAGAAUUCAAAAGUAGCACAAGCAGUUUUACAAAGUUCAUGUAGAGGACGUGAGGAGUCUGAAGCAAAGCCAGGACAAACAGCAAGGACAAAUCCAACGACCCUUUCAGCUCCCCUCACCUUCCUCUGCAGGGCUGCCAUGUUGCAUCAUUAUCCUGAAAGGUUUAACCUCUUAAUUCAGAGCGGUUAAAAUACAGGGCUCUCUGGGUAGGGUGACCCAGAUUUUGAGGAAAACCUGAACAUCUGACAUCUAUUUUUAGUCUUUUAAGUUAUGCAAGCAGUGCUUCAAAUAUGUUUUUUAUUGCUUUUUUCCAAUGUCGAUUUGGCAAGGUGUAGUAAAGAGAUUUUUCACUGUAUUUAAAAAAAAACUGGAGAAUGAA